AUACCCUCGGCUGUAGAGAUUUUAUUUGACAGUAAACUGCCGACCGAGAAUGUCGUCGUCGUCCUUUCUAAGGCCAAUCAAAUGGCUUUACAACGAGUUCGGCGUUGCUUCUGUUUACCACACAGGUCGCGAUGCAUGGUUCAUCAUCCUCGCACGGACAUGUCGCAUGUUUGCAUAUGGAGCAAAUUCGUUGAUCAUCGCCCUCUUCUUUGCUUCUUUGAAUUUCUCCGACUUUCAGAUCGGGUUGUUCAUGACAUUGACCCUUGCCGGAGAUGUGCUCCUCUCACUCUUCCUCACUUUGGUUGCGGACCAAGUUGGCCGGCGUCGCAUCCUGUUUGCAGGCGCUAUCCUGAUGGUACUUUCGGGAGCUGCUUUCGCAGUUUUUGAGAACUUCUGGAUCCUACUGUUCGCCGCUGUGGUAGGUGUCAUCAGCGCAACCGGAGGUGAUUUCGGGCCCUUCCGAGCGAUCGAGGAGUCAACUUUGUCGCACCUCACCAAGCCAGAUACGCGUUCGGACGUACUCUCAUGGUACGUCACGACCUCCAGCCUUGGUUCAGCUGCCGGUGUGGAGUUUUCUGGGCGCGCUGUCGACUUCUUAACGGAUCGUAAGGGAUGGAAAGCAACCGAUGCCUACCACACAGUUUUCUGGUUGUAUAUUAGUAUGGGAAUGUUGAACAUGGUCCUGACCUUUUUGAUGAGCGACAAAUGUGAGAUUGCGGAGAAACCCCAGGAGGACGAGGCGAAUGAGGAGCUACUCGAUGAGGGACGAGAGAGGAGCAAUGAGGCGGAUGACGAGGAUGGUGCUCUGACACCCGUUUCACACGAACAGGGGGAAUCCGAGAAAAGAACUCGUUUCGGACAGAUUUCCUCGGCAACUCGAGCAAUCAUGUACAAGCUCUGGUUCCUCCUAGCUGUCGACUCACUCGCCGACGGGAUGGUCUCUUACGCCCUAACGUCUUACUAUCUUGACCGCAAAUUCCACCUUUCAAAAUCAACUCUCGGAGACCUCAUAUCAGCAAGCUACCUCCUCGCCUCCUGUUCCACCAUCUUUGCCGGACCUCUUGCGCGACAUUUGGGGUUGAUCAACACCAUGGUCUUCACGCAUCUCCCGUCCUCGGCGGCUGUCCUAUGCUUUCCUAUCCCGCAAAGCCUUGUGAUAACAAUUAUCCUAUUUUUCAUACGUACAGGCUUGAACAACAUGGAUCAAGCCCCACGUUCAGCCUUCAUCGCCGCAGUGGUGAAACCGGAAGAGCGGACAGCGGUUAUGGGUAUCACCAGCAUGCUCAGGACACUGGCUGCCACCGUUGGACCUAGUGUAACUGGAGGACUCGCUGGCCAAGAUAAAUUCUGGAUCGCGUUUGUGGUUGCGGGAGCAUUGAGGAUUGCGUAUGAUUUGGGUUUGUGGGGAAUGUUCAUCAACAUGAAGCUACACGUUCAUGAGGGAGCCGGUCAAGCUAGUCAGGAAAGACGGUCGGCUGAUGAGGAGGAGAUGACGGAGAUAGAGCCGAGAGUACCGAAAGCUUCGUGACCGUAACAAAGUCGAAAUAUACAUUGCAAUUGGAUACCGCGGCCGCCGGAC